AUGGCAAAUUUAUUUUUAAUAUUUUAUGUAUCUAUAAUUAUAUUUUUAUUUGGUUGUAUAGUUUUUGUUUCAAAUCGUAAACAUUUAUUAUCAACAUUAUUAAGAUUAGAAUAUAUAGUAUUAAGUUUAUUUAUUUUUAUUUUUUUUUAUUUAAAUUUUAUAAUAUAUGAAACUUAUUUUAGAAUAUUUUUUUUAACUUUUUGUGUUUGUGAAGGAGUUUUAGGGUUAUCUAUUUUAGUUUCUAUAAUUCGAACUCAUGGUAAUGAUUAUUUUCAAAGUUUUUCUAUUUUACAGUGUUAA